GUAGAAGGUUAAAGUUGCACUCAGGGAUAACAACAUCUCGGCGCUUCCAUGAUGGACAGAGGGGAAUAAAGGGAGCCUAAACAGCUCUGUGUGUUGUUGCUUGUAAGUUGACGAAAGAGUAACAAGAGCAAUGGAGGUCACGGCUGUUUGUGUAUAGAAACUGCUUCGGUUUGUAACUAUCGGACUGCGGACUGAGAUAAAGAACCACCGGAUGAAGAAGCGUUCACAGGAUGGCAGGAGUGUUCGAUAUAGACUUGGAAACGGAGGACGUCAGUGAAACAGAGGAUGAUGUCUGCGACUUCACUGUAACAGAAGCAGACAAUGUGCAGACAGAGGAGGUGGAGUUGACCAGUGAAAGUGUCAACAGAGACUGUGAGAGAGUUGGACCUGACUGCUUUGAGCUUCUUACUGUGCUUGGAAAAGGAGCCUAUGGCAAGGUUUUCCAAGUGAGGAAGGUUCAAGGUGCUCAGACGGGGAACAUAUUUGCCAUGAAGGUCCUGAAAAAGGCCAAGAUAGUGUGUAAUGCUAAAGACACGGCCCAUACACGAGCAGAGCGGGAGAUCCUAGAGACGGUGAGACACCCUUUCAUCGUGGAUCUGCUCUACGCCUUUCAGACUGGAGGAAAACUCUACCUCAUACUGGAGUGUCUGAGUGGAGGGGAGCUGUUCAUGCAGCUAGAGAAGGAAGGCAUCUUCAUGGAGGACACUGCUUGUUUCUAUCUAGGAGAGAUCACAUUGGCUCUAGGCCACCUCCACUCUAACGGGAUUAUUUACCGAGACCUCAAACCGGAAAACAUCAUGCUUAAUCACCAAGGACACAUCAAGCUAACUGACUUUGGCCUCUGUAAGGAAUCGAUUCAUGAUGGAACUGUCACACACACCUUCUGUGGCACCAUAGAGUACAUGGCUCCAGAGAUCCUGACCAGGUCGGGUCACAACAGAGCAGUAGACUGGUGGAGCCUUGGGGCCCUGAUGUACGAUAUGAUGACUGGAUCGCCUCCAUUCACAGCUGAAAACAAGAAGAAGACCAUUGAUAAGAUCUUGAAGUGUAAACUCAAUCUGCCCCCAUAUCUUACCAUCGAUGCCAGGGACCUCAUCAAGAAGUUGCUGAAGAAGAGUCCAUCCCAAAGACUUGGCUCCAGUACAGCAGACUGCGCUGAUAUCCAGAAACAUCCGUUCUUCAGACACAUCAACUGGGCUGACCUGCUGAACAAGACCAUAGAGCCGCCUUACAAGCCACAACUACAGUCGGACGAGGAUGUAAGCCAGUUUGAUACCAGAUUUACCAGACAGACCCCGGUGGACAGUCCAGACGACACUUCGCUCGGCCACAGUGCAGAGCUUGCCUUUGCUGGUUUCACCUACGUGGCUCCGUCGGUCCUAGAGAGUCUGAAAGAAGGCUUCUCAUUCGAACCACGAACACGACCUGUACGCCGACACAACAGCAGCCCACGCACACCCAUCAGUCCUAUGAAAUUUUCCCCAGCCGGACCUUUCAAGUCCAGCAUGGACAGCGAGCCGGAUCUUUUCUCUCCCACUUCUCCACCAGCAGCUCCAGCUCAUGUGUCACUAGAGAAUGGAGCGGCCAGUCAGCCGAUCAAGACGCCUUCGAGGAACAAGAAGCAGAAGGGACAUCGUAGAUGAGGUGAAAUCUUCAAGGAGCUAGGCUGCGCUGCAAAACCAGAGUAAGAUUUUUCCUGGUGUAUAGUAAGCGCUGAGGCACAGAGCUGAAGCGUUUUUGCUGGCGUCAUGCUGUUUUUUAAGUGGUUUAACUUUAGAGGUCUCUAAAAAGCCAAAUCAAAAGUGGAAAGCUUCUUUUCUCACAUUCAUCUAUGAAAACAAAUACAGUGUUAUGGGGGCUUACUGUUCAGGACUUUAUGCAUUAAUAUGUGCAUUAAUAUAUAGGAAACAAUUUUUCAAUAUUUUGGGAAAGAAGGCAACCGGAGCAAUGAUUCUUCUUCACCAACUUCACGGAGUCUAUCGUGAGGAGUCGAGGUCAGGUGAUGGAUUGAUUGGUAACAGUGUUUCAUCUACAUGCUAGAACAAUUCCAGUAAAGGGAAGCUGUGAUUUAAAAAGCUUCUUGGCUUUAAUUAGUUCGUCCACUUUCAGUUUAUUUACCAGAGUUUUGUGCAAGGAGGUCGGCUAUCACAGGCUUGUCUAACAGGUUUUAAUAGAAUUUGCUUGAAGUCCUGAUUCUUUUCCAUUUUUGAUGAACUGUGAAACCGACCAUCAGCCAUCAGUUUAUCAAGUCAUUCUUGACUGCACAAGCGUAAAGUAGUAAGAUGCGUUCAUGUGUUGGGGUGGGAGUUUAUCUUGUAGAAAUCUACUGAAUGAAACGCUGCAUCGCACACAGAAGAUGGUGUUUUCACAAAUGUCAGAUUUGAUCUCAAGUGAACAUUUCUGUGUUAACGUUCAUCAGUUUUCCUCACAGAGAAUUUUCAUGACUACUGCCAAAGCUUUUAACACAUCCUUUCAUAUUGCACAGACAGACCUAUCACACUAUAACAGAGUGCACCUGACAAUAGAGGUAUACUGAAUUUAUUAAUUUGGUUUAAUAAAGAGGUUGUGUUCAUCAACCCAUCAACAUAGCCCCCAUUCAUAGUAAUCAAAAGAUGAUCGCAUAACGCAUAUCGUAUAAUCCGUACAAUGUUCCCUCAGAAAACUAAUUAUAAUGUUGUAUAAAAAGUAUUUUGGGUUACUGAGCAACACUAUUUUUACACAUGAAACAUGUCAAAUAGUAUAGAAAUAAAUGAAAGUCUUAGAUAUUUUGAAGUGUUUGAUUAUCAUUGCCUGACAACCGUAAGAUGCUGGGUUAAGUCGCUUCAGGCAUGCUUAUUCAAACACUGAGUCAGCAUUAGUUGGAUCACAGAAAGGUUAUGAAAUCACUGAUGCCAAAAAUCUUUCAGCUUUUUGAUAUAUUUCUUUUUUCUUUUUUAGAAUAGUAGCUCAUAGAUAAUCAGCAAAUCCUGGCCCGUGUCACUAUAUCUUGUUGCAGGACAAUUAAAAAGAAAACUGUUAGGCGUGCAUGAGUCUUAAACACAGGCAGCUCCUCAGGGCAACUGAGACAACAUUAUCUUAAGCAGGGAUUGUGAGUGCAGAUAUUACAAGUUAUUUUAGGGUAACCAAAUAUAGUUCAUAUUCUAUGCAGCUUUCAAUCAUCGUCCUCAAUCUAGUGAUGUACAAUUACCUCCUGUUGUGGACCCAACGGACACGUCGAUGUGAUUAACAUGGCUGAAGAAAGAACGUGCUUCUCUUUGUUGGCUAAAUCAUGCAUUUGCUUUAACAUGAUGCCUCUGUCAUGGUCUUCACUGGACAACAAAUCAUGUAUUUUACCAGGUGUAAACUAUCCUUUGCAUUGUGUUCAAUAUUACAGACAUAAAUAAUACAGAAUGGGGAAAAAAAGAAUUAUGUGAAUAUAUUCAGACAAAAUAUGUAACAGAACUAUGUAAUUAUAAUAUAAUCCAAUACAAUAGACUUUUGGCUGCAUGCAGUCACUAGAAGCAUGGCAGCAUGCUUCUAGUGACUGCAAUGUUGGUCUGUCAGUAGUUUGGUCCAGACUGAUAUAUUUGAACAACUUUUGGACGGAUUGACAUGAAAUAUAAUGAUUGUACCGAUGUUCAUGGUGCCCAGGAGCUAAACCCUAAUGAUUUCCUCCUCGGCAUCCGCAGGUCAAAGUUUCCCCCUAUCCAUUUAAAUAUCUCAACAUCUACUUCAUGGAUUAUCACAUUUGUGCGGACAAUUAUGUUUUUUAAAGGAUAAAUCCUACCGAUUUUUGUGAUUCCCUGACUUUUCCUCUGUUGACAUUUAGAUGGAUUGCAGUGAAAUUUGGUACACAAUAACAAUAAUUUGGUUAUCCUCUAACUUCAUCUCGCGCCAUCACGGCAACAUUUCUUGCCAUUCCCUGCUAAACUAAUUACCUUUCCAUUAGCAUCAGCUGUACUUUGUGUAACAUGCUAAUUGGCAAAUGUUAGCAUGCUAACAUGCUAAACUAAGAUGAUGAGCAUGAUGUACGUUAUAGCCUACCUGCCAAACAUCGGCAUGUUAAUAUGAUCAUUGAGAGCAUGUGAGCCUCUCUGAGCUGCUAGCAUGGCCUCUUGUCGUAACUCGCAUCACUAUUAAUUGACUGUCUGCUCAUUUAGACACAAAAUGACAUGGAACAAAACAGACAUUUGAAAUAAAAUAUAAAUAACCAGCAAAAGAAUCUAAAAUAAUAUUUCAUAUAUGAGCUGAAAUGUAUGCAUUUAUUAAGUGAGUCAGAUAUUUCAUGGUUAUAUAUGUUGUCUGUAUAUAUUCAAAUCAUUAUUUCAUAAUGUAUUAUUUAUUUGUUUAAAUAUUGAACCAAUCAAGCUCAACUCAAGCUGCCUUUUUAGAAACAAAAGAACAACUUGAAGAAGGAGAUUCCUGUCGUCUUGCUUCUGUGGGAGGGCAGGAAGCGGGUACGACACAUAAUGUCUUCCUACCUUCCUUAACACUGGCUGCUGAGCGUGUACAUGUUUGUUGCUGAUGACUGUAAUGGGUAACCUCACGCUGCACUUUGUUUCUGGAAUGACAACUACUUAUACAAUAUUUGUUAUGCAAGAUAAAAGGACAGGGCUCUUUUUUCUUUUCGUAUACUGCAAGGUGCCACUCACACUGAAAGUUGCAGUUUGUACAACUGUUGAAUUGUGUUCAGUUUUGUGUAUUUAUUUACACAAUUAAGAAUAAUUAGAGUGAUUUAUACAGUGUUACUUUAAGUUCAUUUGUUGAUGUUUGCUGAUGGUUUUUCUUUUUUGUCAUGUGUUCCUUCUGUUAACUGAUUAAUGUGUUAAGAAUAAAGAACCAUUAAUUGCUGAAUUAAGA